AUGUAUCUCUCUACUAUCAUCCCUCUUCUCUCACUCACUACCAUCGCUCUUUCAACCCCACCAAUCCAAAACAACCACCAGCGCCCAAGAGACGUCUCUUCCAGUGCCUUCCCCUCCUCAAGCAGCGUCCCAUUCAAACCAAUGAACAUGCCACCACCCACAGACCGAUACCUAGGUCAUGCGAUAGUGCAAAACAACUGCGACUUCCCAGUCUACCUCUGGUCCGUGGCAUCCACGGUUCUACCCGAGAAAACACUACGGCCAGAUGACGAGUACAGCGAGGUCUUCCGUGAGAACCCAGACACCGGCGGCAUCGCAAUCAAGAUCAGCACCGACCGCGACGGGCUAUACACUAGUUCCCCGCAGAUGAUCUUUGCGUACAACCUUUCCUCCACAAAGGAACGGGGCCGGAGACAGGUUAAGCUGUGGUAUGAUCUCUCCGAUGUCUUUGGGGAUCCAUUUGAGGGUUACCCGGUGAAUCUUUCACCCUCUGAGCCGUUGAUUUCUUGGAAGGAUGGGGUUCCGCCUGCUGGAAGUCAGGUUAGGGCUGUUGAUCCUUCGACGGAUUUGGUCCUGUCGCUUUGUUGA